ACUUUGAUGGAUUUGUCAUUUAAUUACAGAACCCCUAAAAUUAAAAGACUCGAAAACACUUGCAACACAUUUCGAACUAGCUUAAGGACCACUGAAGUCCCCAAACCCCAAAACACGUGUCCCACAGAAUCCAUGUCCAUGUUUCAGCUCCAUAUAAGUCAGUCUACUUAUCACUUCCACGUGGACUCACCCAUGCACUUUGCCACUUCCCUGCCAAAACGCCGCCGUUGUGACCUCCGUUAGGGUCCGUCACUUUGUUCCAUCCCUGACUCCAUCAGCUCGACAUGUCCUGCAACACAUGGCGAAAGCUUCUCCUCUAGGCUUAACAACUGGCUCCAAAGUACAUUAAGAAGCAAAAUGCAUGCAAAUCUCAAGUCCCGGACGAUCCGCCAUGGAGUCCUCUCCCUCUUUAACGUUCGUAACCGCCGUUAGACCAUGCAGACACUUUAACUCAACCAGAGUUGAGCUCUUCAUGCUAUAAAUGCACCCCCUUCCUCUACUUUCCUCAUCGCUCAGAGCCAUCGAUUGAGCUCAACUGGUGGCAUUACAAAGAAAACACAUUACAUUUGUAAUCACAUUCCGCUACAGAAAAAUGUUUAACGGGUACCAAUUCUACGAUUACGUUCCUGUUCCGGUUCCCGUCGAGCAGUACUUCCGCAAUGGCCAUGACACCGGCUUCUUCAGCUCCGACGAGUUCCGGAUGUACUCCUACAAAAUCAAGCGCUGCCCGAGAAUGCGCAGCCACGACUGGACCGACUGCCCCUACGCCCAUCGCGGCGAGAAAGCACAGCGCCGCGACCCGCGUAGGUAUUCCUACGCCGCCAUAGUCUGCCCGGCCUUCCGCAACGGCGUCUGCUACAAGGGCGACGCGUGCGAGUACGCGCACGGGGUGUUCGAGUACUGGCUCCACCCUGCGCGUUACCGCACGCGCGCCUGCAAUGCGGGCCUGUUGUGCACCCGCAAGGUCUGCUUCUUUGCUCACUCCUCGGACCAGCUGCGGGUCCCGCCACCCGAGUCGACCAAAUCGUUCAAGUGUCGACAGCACCACAACAACUAUGUCUAUCGCCCCGUCGGAGAUCACUUGCUGAUGAGCGGUGCCAAUGGAGCCACCUCAGUGCGGUCGCCAGAACGGUUGGCGACAAAUAACAAUGUUAUUGUCGCCGACAGGUUCUCGGAAUUUUUGAGCAGUUUGAGGGCAUUGAAGUUAAGUGAUCAGGAGGGCAAUGGUGGUAGUGGUGAGGUGGAUAUGAGGGUUGACGAAAAUGGGCUGCCGGAAACUUUGGAGGUUGAUUGGGUUUCGGAGCUGUUGCAGUAAAUUUCUUGGGGGAUUGUAUUGAUGAGGGGAGUCUGGAGUCAUUAGCUUAAGGUUAAUUGACUUGUUAAUUAUAGUGUUUGAUUUAGGUUUGGGGGUAUAAUUCUAGUAGCUAGUUAGUAAUUAUGAUCAAGUACUUGGUUGUAAUUCUAUUAAUUAAGAAGAUGCAGUCUAGAGCUGAAAUCUGGAGCUCGAAUAAUGGCUGUGUGUGUAAUAUUAAUGUAUUGGUUAUUUGGUUAAGGAUUAAGGAGUCUAUAUGUUUCAUAAGUGCAUAAUAACAUUAUCUUUUAUUUGUGUUUAAUUUCCUACAGUUCUCCAUUUUUUUAUGCUCGAUCUAUAUUAUAAUGACAAUACUGUGAAACUACUUUCAUAAGUUCUAAAAGGAUACAAUUAAUGUUUUAUUUAUUUACUAUAUUAGUUUUUAUUUUGUUUCUGAUGUAGAAGGGAUAUGAUUUUAUGAAAAUUAAAGGGAAAGGUUAGGGAGAGAUCUAGUGUAAACCUGUUUUAUUUUCACUUGAGAGGGUUAAUUAAGUUGUUAUUUGUCAGCCUAACCGUUCCGCCGUCCGCACCGAGUUUUGAGAGAUAAGUUCUUUUGGUAUAUGUUUUAAUCACAUAAAUCGAACUAUAAUUAGGCACACCACUUUGAAAAUAAGGAAAUAAAACGCUCACCUCGUUAACAAUAGCCACCAAGAGAUGAACAAAUUUUCUUUACCGGUAUAAGCAGCAUAUCCAGACUUAUUAGAAGGGGCAAAGUUAAAUCGAUUAUCUAGAGAAGGAAAAUUUUUCUGCCUAGAGAUAUGCUAUAAACCUAGAUAUUUUUCUAGAAAGAACGGAUCUAGGUAUUUAGAGAGGCGGGGAUACAAAAUCAAUCUAUAUUUUCUCCGACUUGG